AUGCCUCAUCUAAGCCCCUCUCAAAUCGUUUCAGGUCAUCGACAUUGUGAGAGUGCUCUUCAAGUGGGCCCAAGGAAAAAGCUAUGUACCUCUGACCCAUUGGUGCACCAUGGCCAACAUUUUGGACAAACUGCUCAUGCUAUGUGCGAUAUCAAAACCCUGGUUGUCAAUGGCACACGGCGUAUGGAAGACUUGGACCCAGAAUUUGCUAGAAUGUUUUGUUUCAGCGAAUUGAGAGAGCAACAUAUUUUCAAAAUGCUUCUAGAUAUAAUACCAGGUCUAGAAGAGCAUAUCAGGGCAAGCUUGGAAGAAGAAAUUGGGAUAAUAGCAGAGUUGUGUACUGGGGCUUUGUUAUGCCCAGCUGGCUUGGCCUGGUCCAACCAACAGCUGAAAACGAGUUUAAAAGAUGGAAGUUUGAUCAUCCCCGGCGAUCAGUGGCCGAAUUUCAUCUACAAGGACUACAAGUACGAUAGUGACAAUCCCUGGAUUGGAGCAUUCCAGAGCUCAUUGCUAGUAUCUUCUUACAAAUAUGUCUUCACGUCGCCUAGCUCUGUAGAAAAAGAGCCAAAAGCAACCAGAUCAGGCAAUGCCCGCAUUCAUGGGAUGUCAUCUGUAACACCUGCCUCGAUAGCCUAUGUUGCAACGCAGGUCCGGUUUGGGCUAUCGUUGUCACUGGUCUUUACUAAAAGUGACGCAAUUACAGAUUCUGAACGGUUUUACUCUUCAAUACUUGAUUUGUUCAACAACAUUGAUGAGAGAGAAGAAGUUGAGGCAUUGCUGAAAUGGUGGAACAUCCAGAUCUUUCCAAGUCACUCGUCUGCUCAAUGCCUUGUAUCCAAAAACAGUGCAUUGGCUCGUAUAAAAGAAAAAUGUGCUGCAUUAAAAGCAGCUAGGGUGGAGUCAUCUGAGCAGUAG